CUCGGAACCUAGAGUCCGAGCGCGCUCCCUUCCUGCCGGACCUGGAACCGCGCGCACCAAGCUGCGAGCAUGCGCACAUCAUGCUUCCUGCCCCGUUCCGGGCAGGGUCCAGAGUCUGGCUUCUUUCCCGGGCUCCCUGGUUGCGCGCCGCCCCUAGCGCCUCAGAGGGAAAGGCUGUGCUUCCAUGUGGCACAACUGUUCCAGGAAAAGAUGAGCAAAGACAUCUGUAUCCAUGCCUGGCCCUGCUGUUACUACCUGGACCCUGAAAAACGCUGGGUCCAUGGAAAGCUGUCCUUAACAUCACACUCCUUGAAGUUCACAGCUGACAGAACUGGUGAAAUUCUGGUUGGCUUUCCCCUUGCCAGCAUCAUUGAGAUGAAGAAGGAGGCUUCCCAUUUCAUCUUCAGUUCCAUCACCAUCCUGGAGAAAGACCAUGCCAAGCACUGGUUCAGCUCCUUGCAGCCAAAUCGGAAUGCAGUCUUUACCAUCAUUGAGCAUUUCUGGAGGGAGCUGCUGCUGUCCCAGGCAGGAGCUUCUGUGGAGGCCAUGGUUUCCCCCUUGUCCCGGGGAAAGGAGCUCACUGGAAUGAUGGCUGGGUCCCAGAAACGGCUGGAAGAUACUGCAAAGGUCCUUCACCACCAGGGGGAGCAGCUGAGCAACGCCAUGAGGUGUCUGGAGAAGAUGGAAUCAGAUUUGGAUGUGGCUGACAGAUUGCUGACAGAAUUGGAAUCUCCUUCCUGGUGGCCCUUUAGCCCCAAGUUUUGGAAGAUACCAUCAGAACCAAAGCCUAGGGAGGGCGCCUCAGCAGCUACCUGUGAACCUUUUGGAAAAGAAGGGAUUCUGAUUGUAAUUCCUGGUAUUAUUUCUGGAAGAACAGAGUCCCACACUAAACCAGGAAGGCUCACCAUCCUCAUUUCUGGGUUGGAAAUCCAUGACUCCAAUUCUUUGCUACUGCACCGAUUCGAAAGAGAAGACAUUGAUGACAUUAAGGUUCACUCACCUUAUGAGAUUAGCAUACGUCAGCGCUUCAUUGGAAAGCCAGAUGUGGUUUAUCGUGUGCUAUCUGCCAAGAUGCCAAAAGUUGUUCCCAUUCUAGAAGUUCAGUUCAGCAAGAGGAUUGAGCUAUUAGAAGAUGCCUUCAUGUUCAGAACCUCAGGAGUGUCUUCCUCUGCAGAGAAGAGCUGCUCUGUGUGGCACACAGCAUCUGGUCUGCUGGGUCGCCCUGGUCACCGUGAGCUGCCUGCGGAGGGCCAGGAAGCUGGGUCACUGCAGCUGCAGAGGAGUGUGCCGCUGCUUUCUGAGGGAGAUACUGAGGAGCUGUGUCAGAUCCUGAAGAAGAUGAAAGGGCUUGCCCUGGAUGCUGAGGCAGAGCUAGAGCGGCAGGACGAGGCUUUGGAUGGCAUCACUGCAGCUGUGGAUCGGGCAACCUUAAUUGUGGACAAGCACAACCGGCGCAUGAGGAAGCUGACUUAGGAGGACACAGAAUGCAAAGUGCUUGCUACUGACAGGCUUCUCCUCUUGGGUCUGCAGUCCCUUAUGUCCCUUGUGAUGAAACUUGGGCUUGGGAAUGCCAUAUUUUGUGGGAAGAGGGCUACACCCCAGCAACUGAGGCUAAG